AUGCCACCUAUUCAUCAUUACACAGGAGAUGAUCCACCAUUUCAUCCCUCAUUCACUCCUUCCCCUUUCAACUCUCCUCCAUGGAAUCGGAGUGAGAUAUCUGGGUAUGAUCCUUCCGAGAUUAUUGGGAAGAGGACGGAAUUGGUGAGACGGGCAACGGCGCUGGCUGGAUUGUCCUGGUGGCAACUCCUUUGCGUCGUCGUUGGUGGUCUGGGAGCUUUAGGGAUAGUAGGAUGGGUAUGGAUGAAACAUCGUAAGAAAUCAAGGGAAAACAUUGCCAAAGCCCAACAAUUAGAUAAAGAAGAACAACAAGCUGCUCUGGCUGAAAAACGUCGAUUGGAGGAAGAAGCAAAACUUGAAGCUAAGGCGAAACGUAAAGCGGAGAGGAAGAAAAAGAAAAGAAGGAGAAGGAGAGUGGAAUCGGAUAGUGAGACGGAAAGCGAUACGGAUUCCAGUUCGAGUUUUGAUUCAGAAACAGAGACUGAUACGGAUGAUACGGAGUAUGAUUCAGUCUCGGAUGGUGGGACGAUACGAAGGAGACGAAGACCGAGAAGGAGGUACGGACAAGGACGUCGGGGUAGGAGAGAGAGGGAUAGAAGAAGAGGAAGAAGAGAUAGGUAUCCUCCUAGAAGAAGAAGUUUGACACCGGAUUCGAUGGAGAAUGGGGGGAAGGAUGGGACAUUGGGGAGGAGAGAUUCGAUUUGGAAAAGAUUUUCAACUGCUAGUGCUGUCAAAAGGGCUGCUUUACAAUUGAGACAAUUGCAAAGGAGAGUGGAAAUGAGAAAAGAACAGGAAGUGGUGAGAGUGGAAGAGAGGAAAGGGAUAGAGAGGAGAAAGAAAGUCGAUGAAGCGAAUAGAGAGUUGGACGAGUGGAGCGCUAGGGAGAGAGAAGGGAGGAGGUUGGCAGGCAAUAGACAAGGAUCGGGAGGUAGUGGUAAUCCACUGAUCCCACCCGUCCGAACACCUCGAACUCAAUCCACCCUGUCCUCUGGAACACCAUCCCUCCCCAUCCCACCUCCCCGAGCAUACACCCGUCAACCCACCAGACUAAACUCCACCGAUCCCACUCACCCAUCCCGUCUGCCACACGCGCCUAAUAGGAAACCCACGGAGCCUCGGGAGCACCUGAGCAAACAACAAGCUGCCCAACUCCAAGCCCUCCAAGCUCGGAAACCUACCAAACAGUCGACGCUUGGAUUAGACCACGAAGUCGAUCAGUUACUAGGUGGAACGAGUUCGAAUAGUCGAAAACCGCUCAAACCAGCCCUUCGGAACCAGGAUCCUGAUCUAUCUCAACGAGGGAAACAUCAGUUGGAAAUUCCUCCAGUAGGUGAAAUACCUCCUGUGAACGAACCAGUAGUAGCGCCAUUGGUCGAAAGGGUCAAACAAACUUUCGCCAAUGCUUUCCAGUCUGAUUGGCUCUCGCAUCCCCUGCAGAACGCUUCGGUACCUCAAAGCCCAAGAACGACGAUUUUGAUUCCUAUGGGUAAUCCUAGGGAUCGACCAACGAUUCCGAAAGGCGCAUUGGCACCUGCGCCGCCACCAAAAGUAAGAAUGGCGACGGGGUCGGGAGGAGGUACACCUGGUUCAGGAUCAUCGGGCGGGAACAAAUGGGCUAAUAGAUUGAGGGAGCGAAGGUAG